AAUACAUACAAGAAGAAGAAGAAGAAGAAGGAAACGUGGUGUUGUUCAGUGUCCAUUGUAAACUUUAGAAAUCCUUCAGCGAUGGCCAGCCCUGUGGAGGACAAGUACCGCUCUCCGCUGGUCUCCCGCUACGCCAGCAAGGAAAUGGCUUAUAACUUCAGUGAUAAAAGGAAGUUCAUAACAUGGAGAAGGCUGUGGAUUUAUUUGGCCCAAUCAGAGAAGGAGCUGGGGCUGCCUAUCACUGAUGAGCAGGUAAAAGAGAUGGAGGAUCACGUGGAGGACAUCAACUUUGCCAUGGCAGCUGAGGAGGAGCGCAAACUUCGACAUGAUGUCAUGGCCCACGUCCACACCUUUGCCUACUGCUGCCCUACUGCAGCUCCCAUCAUCCAUCUAGGGGCAACGUCCUGUUAUGUGGGAGACAACACAGACCUGAUUAUGCUUCGUGAUGGAUUUGGACUCCUGCUGCCCAAGUUGGCCUGUGUUAUUCACAGAUUGGCUGAUUUUGCAGAAAAAUAUGCCGACUUGCCAACUCUGGGCUUCACCCACUACCAGCCAGCUCAGCUGACUACAGUGGGCAAGAGAGCAUGUUUGUGGCUGCAGGAUCUGGUCAUGGACAUGCGCAACCUUGAGAGAGCUCAAGGAGAUCUGCGGUUCCGAGGGGUGAAGGGGACCACCGGGACUCAAGCCAGCUUCCUGCAGCUCUUUGAGGGGGAUCAUGAAAAGGUAGAGAAACUGGAUAGAAUGGUGACUGAAAAGGCUGGAUUUAAAAAGUCAUAUAUAGUGACGGGACAGACGUACAGCCGUAAAGUGGACGUUGACUGUCUGACUGUGCUGGCUAGCCUGGGAGCCACUGUACACAAGAUUUGUACUGAUAUCCGUCUACUGGCUAACCUGAAGGAGAUUGAGGAACCGUUCGAGAAAGAGCAGAUAGGUUCAAGCGCUAUGCCGUAUAAGAGGAACCCGAUGCGUGCAGAGCGCUGCUGUAGUCUCGCUCGGCACCUGAUCGCUCUGGUGUCUGAUCCUCUGCAUACUGCCUCGGUACAGUGGCUGGAAAGAACUCUGGAUGAUAGUGCAAACAGGAGAAUCUCUCUGCCCGAGUCCUUCCUCACAGCUGACAUCAUCCUCAGCACCCUACAGAAUAUAACUGAGGGUCUGGUGGUCUAUCCUAAGGUGAUCGAGAGGCACAUCCGCCAUGAGCUUCCCUUUAUGGCCACUGAGAACAUCAUAAUGGCCAUGGUAAAGGCAGGAGGGAACAGGCAGGAUUGCCACGAGAAGAUCCGGGUGUUGUCUCAGGAGGCAGCGGCUGUGGUGAAGCAGGAAGGAGGAGAUAAUGACUUCCUUGCUCGAGUGCUGGCUGAUCCAUACUUUGCUCCUAUAAUUAACCAGCUAGAUGCCCUUCUGGAACCUAAAACCUUCAUUGGCAGAGCCCCACAACAGGUUUACUCACUUACUCUCACACAUCUGUACCAAAGGCCAAAGGCUAUUCAGCUCCUUGCCUGAUUCCUUUCACGUAAUACCAUCUAUCCAGCUGAGGUUGCCAGAUUUCUCUCUGAAGAGGUUAAACCUGUGCUCGAGCCCUAUAAGAGUAAGCUGGAUGUUACGAUUGAACUGGAGCUCUGACGCACACAAACGCACGUCCUUGAAAACCUGCCCACAAAGCUGCAAAACAGUGACUUCAGCCGUUCAUCUGCUGUGUUUCAUAUCAAUGAGAUUUUUACAGCACGUUUGGGCACUGCAAGGAUAAUCAAGGCUCAAUACUUGAAUUCCAUGAUUUUCUUUUUAGUAUUAUUGUUUUGGGAUUCAUUUCAAAACAUCAAUCAGUAUUUAAAUAAAAAGAGCUAAAUGGGUAGAUGGAAUUUAUCAGUAAUAUGUAAUUAGGUGUUUACAGGUACACUGGGACAAUGUGGUCUGGACUUUUGAGGGCAGUAAUAAGGUGUGUAGUUAAUCAGUGCCAGAACAUCACAGAAAGGCAAAUAUACCCUCAGGUCCAGGGUGAAGAAAUAGUACACCAUCUGACAUAUUUUAAAAGGACAUUAAAUAUAAGACUAAAAUUAAGGUUUAAAAAAAAUACACUAUACAAUAUCAUUAUCUUGUCACUUUAUUUGGAACAUCUGUACACCUACUCAUUCAUUCGAUUAUUUAAUCAGCCCGUCAUGUGGCAAUGGUGUAGUGUGUAAAAUCAUGCAAAGGACAACAGUUUGGGUAAUGUUGACAUCAGCCAUCAUUAUGGAGAAAAAUAUGAUCAAUAUUUGAGAAUAUUUGCUCAAACCUAAUCAGAUUUCUGUUCUUGGCUGACAUGUGGAACCCAAUGCAGCCUUCUGUUGCUGAUGUUGCUCAUUCACCUCAGCGAUUGAUAUAUUUUUAAGUUCAGAGAUGCUUUUUUGCUCACCACAGGUGGAAAGUUGUAGCUCAGUGGUUAAAGUGUCAGCCUACUGAUUGAAAGGUUGUGAGGUAGAAUCUACGCACCAGCAAGCUGCCACUAUUGGGCCCUUAAGUACAAGCCCCUCAGUUGCUUAGCUGUCUAAUGGAGAUACUGUAAGUGUAAGUUGCUCUGGAUAAGGGUCUCUGCCAGAUGUAAAGAGUGGUUAUUUGAGUUACUAAAUCUUUCAUUCUAUCCGAUCUGGCUAUUUUCCUUUGUUCUCUCUGAUCAACAAGGCAUUUCCACUAACAGAACUGUUGCACUAUUUUUUACACCAUUCUUUGUAAACUCUGAGGACUUUGGCAGUUUAUGAAAUACCCAGAGCUGCCUAUCAAUAGCACAAUAGUUACAAUAACAGUGUCAUGGUUAAAGCCACUGAGAUCACAUUUUUUUUCUUCAUUCUGAUGCUUUUCAUUUGUAUCUGCAUGAUUGUAUUCGUUGUUGUACGUGCUGUAGUACGAUGGGCUCAUUAGAUAAUUGUAUGAAUUAGUAGUUGUAUAGGUAAAUAAACUAAUAAACUGUCCAGCACAGUGAUUUAUGCCUGAUGAAACCGUAUUCAUCAUGUAUAGUUAAGUAUUUUAGAGCAGAAUUGGGCCUCCAGUUUCAGGACAAAUCACAGGUUUAUAUUAUUGUGCUUCUAUCCUGUUAUCACUUUAUAGUAGCAGCUGAUUCACAGGUACUUAAAUAAAGUGAUUAAAGGUCUUGUUUCCCAAGUAAAAUGUGUAAUUGUUGAUGUGUUAAAGCUAAAGUGACUUUUA